CUCUGCUCUUUUGAUUCACUUGCUUUAUUUUCUCUACUCUUGCUGAAGGAAACACCAUGGAUAGUGAUCAAGAACAAAAGAGGGUUUCUUCAAGACAUGCUGCACGUGGUUUUGCUAUUAUCAACGAGAGGAUUCCAGCCCCUGCUUGGACCGGUCAUGCCAGUUUCGUGCGAGAAGAUAGCCCCAAUCGUGUAGAAAGAGAAAUGCUCCUAGCCACUCUCGACGUACACUUCUACGCGGAUGAACAAGAAGAAGAGAAUGAGAGAGGUUUUGGAUACAUCACGUUCUCUGUCAAGGGAAGAGACCACUCACUAACGAUCAGGGAGCUCAAUCUCUUGUAUGGAUUCCCGAGCAAAGAGGGAUUGGUGCAAAAUUUCGAUAAGCGCGAACUCCAAGCAUUCUGGAAGACGAUCGCCGGACCAGGAGAUUACAUACCUUCGAAAAGCAAGAGUUCCUCUAUUAGAAGCCCAGUGGUGAGGUAUCUACACCAGUCCAUUGCUAGCAUGUUCUUUGCAAAGAAGAUCACCGGUACCAUGAGUGAAGGUGAACUGCAGCUUCUGGACUUAGCUCUCCUAUUCACCUUAAGAAACACUAGAGAUGGAGCAGAAAUGGUGGGAGAUAGAGGAAAUGCCCCUUUAAUAGCCGUGUUCUUGGAUCAUUUAUUGGGAUACAAGGAGUAUGCUGCAACAAUGCAUAGGUCAGGGCGCAAAGGAAGCUUGACCAUUGGCGGAAUUCUGACACCAAUUCUGGUAGCUGUGGGUAUAGAUGUGGGAACAGGAGACACUUCCCCAACUUGGAUCGAUAUGGCAAACCUAAGGAAGAAGGGCUACCUUGAUAAAACAGCUCCUGCAGGUGUGUUGCUCUAUGUAUUCAACCACCCUGAAGAAGGAACUUCUAGGCUGCUUCUACCAUGCACGAAUCAUACCACGAUUAGGGCUGGUGAGAACAUCGACUUUUGCCCACCAUCCUUCAUUCUCUACGAUUCACAAGUCGCCCCUGCCUCUCCACCGCCUCAAGCAAUGCACGAGGACGACCAGGAGCAAACCCAAGACGCUCCUGAUGAUUAUGCACCAGAGCGGUUCUUCUUCGAGGAGUACAAAGCCCCUAGGCAGACCAAAAGCGAGAGAGAAGCUCACAAGCGCAUAGGACUCCUGCAAGGGUUGGGAAAGUUUCAAGGGAAGGCAAUGCGAGGAUUGUCAAAGAAGGUAGACUCAUUGACCACCAUGGUGAAGAAGAUGGCGCUUCAGAUCACAGACCUCCAAAAGAAGUCCAAGCAUUCCCCAUAAUCAUCAGAAGAGAGAGGUACUUUGAGAAGAAGCGGUUCCUCAAGCAUGGCUCCAAGACACGCGGUAAAGGCUGAUCCUCCAAGAUAUUCAUCCUUUGAACCCCGCCAGAGGGAAAGCCAAGAGGAGUCUGCACAACUCCCCAAACGUUCGCAAAGGCAUCGCAGCAAGCGGAAGGUUCA